AUGGCCCCAUCGAGAGGCCGCGCUAUUUCCUGCGCCCAAAAGUUGCUCUCAGAAUAUGUCAUCCCCCCUCAUCGGAACUACUUUUCGCUCUCAGCCGACAGGGCGUCGCGCAAUCCUAUCAGCCAGACACGUCUUUUCCGUCCGCCGCACUACAGGCUGAGCAGCUUCCAACGAUGCUCCUACUCGACUUUUACAGACACUCUCGCCGAUCCUGCCAAUAAGCUGCAAAGCUAUGUCUCUGCCAGUAGCGACCCCUACCUCAAUCUGUCCAUCGAAGACCACAUCCUACGCAAAAGCCCGCCAGACAGCACUAUUCUCUUCCUCUAUAUCAAUCGACCCUGUGUCGUCAUCGGGCGCAACCAGAACCCAUGGUCAGAGGUCAAUCUAGGCAUCCUAGAUGCUGCUCGUAGGACACAUGACCCCAAGGAUAGCGAGCCUCCAGGCAUUGGCACCGUCGAUCUUGUGCGCCGCCGCUCGGGAGGAGGCACUGUCUUCCACGAUGAGGGAAAUCUCAAUUGGAGCAUAACGUGCCCACGCGCCGACUUCACACGCGAUAAGCAUGCUGAAAUGGUCGUCCGCGCACUACGAAAACUCGGUGUUCAACGCUCCAGGGUCAACGAGCGUCACGAUAUCGUUCUCGAUCAAGGUCAAGGCAACGACGGGCAACCUGUUGACCCCAAAGACACCCAUCGCACGCCUUAUACCAUACAGAACGGAGCUCUCCCUCGUCCUCUCAAGGUCUCUGGCUCGGCGUACAAGCUCACACGGCAACGCGCCCUCCAUCACGCGACCACCCUGCUGAGCUCCCCGAAUUUACACAUCAUACCACAUUACCUCCGCUCUCCAGCUAAGGGUGUCAUCCGCGCUCAAGGUGUGGAAAGCGUCAGCUCGCCUGUUUCAAACAUUGGUCUAGACGUCAAGACAUUUCAGCUCCACCUGCAAAAAGAGUUCUCUCUCAUGUAUGCUGGACUGGGAUCGCCGAGUAUAGGACAGACCGUUGGGGACGAUUUUCUAGAUAUUCCAGAUAUCCGCAAGGGUUACGACGAGCUCCGGUCUGAAGAGUGGAUGUGGUCACAGACCCCAGCGUUUACUCUCACACUUGAUCCCAAAGAUGACAUCGGCAUUGAAAUCAAGGUGCAUCACGGCGUGAUCAAGAGUCUGGACUUUUCAAACUCCAGCCUCUCCCAUGAGACUCGGUCGGCCCUUGACACUGCGCUCGUUGGCUUAGAAUUGCACAAGAUCCGAGACUGGACAUCAUUCCUGAAGGAACACAUUCAUUCAUGGGACAAUGAGUUGGCAACAACAGCCAGGCGACUAGACCAUUUCCUUCCAAUCCCUCGAAUGUUCAAGCAAUGA